GCCCAGCGUGUGGCUCCUUGGCAAUUUCUCCAAAAAACUUCGCAUGCGCAACCAUAUCGGACGUUGUGUCAGCCGUGGGUGGGGCUGUGCGCGGCUUGGUAGAUCUGCUGAGUGUAGUUGCGGCUCACGGAGUUUGCAGGGCAGCAGAUGGCAGAUUGUGUGACUAAAGUUGAACUAACCAUCAGCUGUGAGAACUUGUUGGAUAAAGAUGUUACUUCCAAAUCAGAUCCAUUAUGUGCACUACUCAUUAAUGUUAGUGGAAAUCAGUGGGUUGAAAUUGAUCGGACAGAGAGAGUUAAAAACUGUCUCACUCCAAAGUUUGCAAAGAAGUUCCUGAUUGAUUACUACUUUGAGCAAGUUCAGAAACUGAAGUUUGGAAUUUAUGAUAUUGACAACAAAACCAUAGAUUUAAGCGAUGAUGAUUUCUUGGGGGAACUAGAAUGCACUCUAGGACAGAUUGUCUCCAGCAGAAAACUGACCAGACCCCUCUUGCUGAAAAAUAGAAGCCCAGCAGGAAGAGGAACAAUCACGAUCUAUGCUGAGGAAGUAAAAGACAACAGAGUAGUAAAUUUUGAAGCCCAAGCACGGAAACUAGAUAAUAAGGAUUUCUUUGGGAAGUCAGAUCCUUACCUAGAGUUCUACAAACAGACCGAGGAUGGAAAAUGGCAAAUGGUUCAUAGAACAGAGGUAAUAAAGAAUAACCUAAAUCCAAGUUGGAAACCUUUUAAAAUCCCUUUGCGGUCUCUGUGCAAUGGUGAUUUUCAGAGGAAUAUCAAGGUGGACUGCUAUGACUAUGAUAAUGAUGGAUCACAUGACCUAAUUGGUGUAUUUGAGACAAAUAUGACAAAACUACAAGGAGCAUCCUACAGCUCACCAGUGGAGUUUGAGUGCAUUAAUCCUAAGAAGAAACAGAAAAAGAGAGGUUACAAAAACUCGGGAAUUGUGAGUUUUAAAUUAUGCCAGAUCGUGAAGGAGUACACUUUCUUGGAUUACGUUAUGGGAGGCUGUCAGCUGAACUUUACCGUUGGAAUUGAUUUCACAGGCUCUAAUGGGGAUCCAAGGACACCAAACUCUCUACACUAUUUAAAUCCAAGUGGAUAUAAUGAAUAUCAGAUGGCAAUCUGGUCUAUUGGAGUGAUCAUUCAAGACUAUGACACAGACAAAUUAUUCCCAGCAUUUGGCUUUGGUGCACAAAUACCUCCUACCUGGCAGGUAUCACAUGAAUUUCCACUUAACUUCAAUCCUCAAAAUCCAUUUUGUGGAGGGGUGCAGGGGAUAAUUGAUGCCUACUGCUACUGUCUUCCUCAAGUCAAGCUUUAUGGUCCAACAAACUUCUCUCCAAUUAUAAACCAUGUGGGAAGAUUUGCAGCUGCAGCAGCACAGCAGCCAAAAGCUUCACAAUAUUAUAUCCUGCUGAUCAUCACAGAUGGAGUGAUAACUGAUUUAGAUGAAACACGACAAGCCAUCGUUAAUGCUGCAAAGUUGCCAAUGUCUAUCAUCAUUAUUGGUGUUGGUGGGGCAGAUUUUAGUGCCAUGGAAUUUUUGGAUGGUGAUGAUGGAGUUCUGAGAUCACCCACUGGAGAAGCAGCUAUCAGAGAUAUUGUCCAAUUUGUACCAUUUAGGAAGUUUCAAAAUGCACCUAAAGAAGUUCUUGCACAGAGUGUACUAGCUGAAUUACCUCAGCAAGUGGUGUGUUACUUCAACACGCGCAAACUCCAACCUCCCAAUGAGCCGCCACCUUAAAUAUUUGAAAGUGCAGUCUGACAAUGUAUGACAUAAAAAUAAAUUCACUAAAAUACAGGAAUCUUUCACUUCUGUCAGUAUUACUCACUAUAUUUAAAAUGCAUGAUAAAAAUGUUUUAAAUGUAGGCGAAAUUAAAUUCAUUAAAAUUGAUAUUCACUCUAAUAUUUUGAGUAACUUUAAACUAUAAUUGACCAAAGUAAAUGAUUUGUGUAAAAUAUUUAUACAGUAACUUAAAAUCCAGUAAAAUGACCAUUCAAGACUGGAAUAUCUUUCAUCUCAUCUUCCCUUUUCUUUUAAAUUUUCUGUUACAUAUUCUACAAGUUAUUACAUUUUUAUUACUUUAACCUUUUUGAAAUGUACAGUUUUUUUGAUUUUUAGAUGGGGGCCAAAUAACUUAAUAUGAAAUAGAUGCUUUUGAAAUAUAAUUGAGUGGGUGGGGCUUUCAUAUUUUAUAACCAUAAAUAUAUUGACAUUUUUAAUAUUGGAAUAUAUUUCAUUUCUUUAAAAAAAUGUAAUGCUGAAUAACUUACAGAAUGCAUGUAAUCAAUCAAACACAAUAAUAUUCUUCCUGUUGUUUGAAGAGCAUAGCAUGUCAGUCAUUUGAUCCUUGGUAGCUGGUGCUUUAAACCAUAACGAGAAUUAAAAUAAUAUGAAGGGAAUAUUCUUAAAUCUGUUGGCAAGUUGCCAUGUCUACAAUUAACUUUCAAUUAAAUCAUCUACUUUUAUCCAUUCUUGCUGACUAUAAAAUGUAAAAUACUAAAUCAGCCAAGCAUGGGGUAAAAGCAUUUUAUAAUUUUAAAAUAUGCCCAGCUACCAAGCAGUGGGGAAAUUCUGCAAUACCUCCAAUAUACAGUGCAUAAGUCAUUUGAGAUAAUGGUAUCGAAAGUACAUUGUAACUUUAUAUUAAAUAAAGUGCCAAAAAGUUCCAAACGGUAAUCCAAUAAUGAGCUUGUUUGUAAAUGCAGAAAUGGUGGAAUUUGGUGGGGGGGGGGGGGGGUGGAAAUUCUCUGUAUAUAUGCACUAACUGUUUCCUGGCACUUCUGGGUGUAAUAAAGUUGAAUACAGAGCAUAUUAGGCACUUAAUGGAUUUUUUAUGGCAUUUUCUGUCUUUUAGAUAAUUGGACCACCAUUAGUUUCACAUUAACAAAUCAUUCUAUAAAUCAGUCACUGUACCUUUUCAAGUUGUAUUCUGAAAGAACCAUUUGUGUUACAAUGUUCAAUUGCAGACUAUUAAAACAAUUGGGGUGAAAUUAAAUCAGUAUUUUUCUUAGUGCUGCUCAUGCUAUCUGAAAUUUCUUCACCAUAACCUGUGAUUUUGAAGGAAUUGGUGAUGAUUGCCUAGCGGUCAGAAAUAAUAUCCUUGGGGAAAAUAAAACAGGGCCUGAGGGGAUAU